AUGAUAAGUCAGAUGUACGUUGAUAAAAAAGUUAAAGUUGAUCGUACAUAUCAAUGGCAAAUUGGUCGAAUGUUUAACUCGGAAAUAAAAAAAUUAAAUUUUAAAAAUGUUGGAGAUACAGUUAAAACUAUUAACAAUUGGGUUGAGAAUAAAACAAACAACCAUAUAACAAAUCUUAUCACAAAUGAUGACGUUGUAGAUAAUAAUGGGAUUUUCUGGGUCAAUGUUAUUUAUUUUGAAGCAAUAUGGUACAACAAAUUCGCCAAGCCAUUGACCAAAAAUAAACCAUUUUUUCUCAAUAAAAAAAAUAAAAUAAGUGUUCCAACUAUGACCCUACUAGAAACAAAAUUGAAAUAUAAAAAAAUUGAUAAUCUUGACGCUCAUAUUGUUGAGCUUCCUUUCAAGAUUCCAGGUGAAAAAGAUACAGAUGAGAUGGGAGUGGUUGAUACAUUUUCAGAUAAUGCUGAUUUUAGUGGUAUUGCUAAGGAUACACCACUUCACAUUGGUAAAAUUUCACAAAAAGCAUUUAUCGAAGUGAAAGAGGAUGGCACUGUGGCUACUGCUGCAACUACAAUGCAAAUGGUUUUGAGAAAUAAUGAAGGACCGUUGAAGCUUGAAGUAAAUCGUCCUUUUCUUGUUUUAUUGGCGACUAAGAAAGUUGUCCUCUUCACAGCUCGUAUCAAUGAUCCAAGGCUUAUUUAA